ACCUGAUGCCUCACACAGCACUAAACACGUGGAGAGGGACUGCGGGUCUGGUGUGCCUGGCACGAGAGUGGAAGUACAAUUCUGUUCUGGGUAAAAGCAAGGUCACUCACCUCACAGAAGCCACGCACAGGUCCUGUCACCGUCCGCGGUCUGUGCGUAAAAGCGCACAGCCAAAGCAGAACUUCACGCGCUCCCAGGAGACGUCUUCCCUCUGGCUCCUCCGGCCAGUGGUGGUGUGAGACCCUCCGGUUGGUGACUUUCACACCCGGUUCUGCUGAGUUGUGGCCAGUCCGAUCCAGAGCCCCGGGUCAUCCAUGAGGCUAGAGGCCACAGCUAGGAUGGAUGUGUUCAAGAAGCUAUGGAUGGCGCGGAAGCUGAUCCUCGUGGUGUUCAUCCCGCUGUCCCUGCUUCCCUUACCGCUCAUCCACCCCACCAGCGAGGCAUGCUGUGCGUACGUGCUGAUGGUGACCGCAGUCUACUGGGUGUCUGAGGCUGUUCCCCUGGGCGCUGCUGCUCUGGUACCCGCCUUCCUCUAUCCGCUCUUUGGGGUACUCAAGUCCAGCGAGGUGGCAGCGGAGUACUGUAAAGACACCACUCUGCUGCUGAUGGGAGUCAUCUGCCUGGCCGCCUCUAUAGAGAAGUGGAACCUGCACAAACGCAUCGCUCUGCGCAUGGUGAUGAUUGCAGGGGCCAAGCCCGGCAUGUUGGUGCUGGGCUUCAUGUGCUGCACAGUGUUUCUGUCCAUGUGGCUCAGCAACACGUCCACCACGGCCAUGGUGAUGCCCAUCGCUGAGGCCGUCCUGCAGCAGCUGAUCUGCACAGGCCUGGCCGACGGCCACGUCGACUCCGAAACCGCUGAGGCCCCCGAGGACGACAGCGGUACGUCUGGCGCCGUCACCACAGGGGGAGCUGUUUCAGACAAAGAAGAGAACUUCGACAAAAACCAGCUGGAGCUGCUCUAUCGCAACGACAGCGACUGCACUAAACAGGAGCUCUCCACAGGUGACGAGGGGGCGAAUGGUUUGGGUCUCAUCAGGCACACCAACGGACACCUGCCGCAGGUUGCGAUCGAAAUCCCGAACGUGAAGCGUGUGAGGACCAGGAGGGACUCCCAGUAUCCCACCAAGAGGGACCACAUGAUCUGUAAAUGCCUUUCGCUCAGCAUCACCUACGCCGCGACGAUCGGCGGCCUCAUCACCAUCACCGGCACGUCGACCAACCUUAUCUUCGCCGAGCAGUUUAACACUCGUUACCCGGACGCCAAGGUGAUAAACUUCGGCACGUGGUUCAUCUUCAGCUUCCCCAUCGCCAUCAUCAUGCUGGUCCUCACCUGGCUGUGGUUGCACUUCCUCUUCCUCGGCUGCAAUUUCAGGGAAACGUGCUCGUGGAGUAAGAAACGCAAAACCAGGAGAGAGAUGCUGUCGGAGAUGAGGAUCCAGGAGGAGUAUGCCAAACUGGGACCCAUCAGCUACCCAGAGGUGGUGACCGCUGUUUUCUUCAUCCUGAUGACUCUGCUGUGGUUCACCAGAGAGCCUGGUUUCGUGCCCGGCUGGACAUCUCUUUUUGAGAAGAAAGGCUACAGGACCGAUGCGACAGUGUCUGUCCUUCUGGGCUUCCUGCUCUUCCUCAUCCCUGCCAGGCGACCCUUCUCCUCCUCCUCCUCCUCCAGCUGUAGGAACACAGAGUCCGACCCGCUGGCUCCCAUGAUCACCUGGAAGGACUUCCAGAAGCUGAUGCCGUGGGAGAUCGUCAUCCUGGUGGGAGGAGGCUAUGCACUGGCUGCUGGUUGCAAGGUGUCAGGCCUGUCGGUGUGGAUCGGCAGACAGCUGGAGCCCAUGAGCGGUCUUCCUCCGUGGGCCGUCACCCUGCUGGCCUGCCUGCUGGUGUCGGCGGUCACCGAGUUCGCCUCCAACCCGGCAACUCUCACCGUCUUCCUGCCCAUCCUGUCAGCGCUGUCAGAGACUCUGCAAAUCAACCCGCUCCACACUUUGAUCCCGUCCACCAUGUGCGUGUCAUUCGGGGUCAUGCUUCCAGUGGGGAACCCCCCCAACGCCAUCGUCUUCAGUUACGGCCACGUGAAGAUCAGCGACAUGGUGAAAGCAGGCUUCGGGGUGAACCUGAUCGGCGUGGCGGUGGUGAUGUUGGCCAUCACCACGUGGGGGGUUCCCCUCUUCGACCUGAAUGAGUUCCCGGCCUGGGCGGUGGCCAGGAACAUCACCGGGAGCUUAUAACCACCGCCGGGGUGGGGGAUGAAUCACUGGAAGACGGAGAGAGAGAGAGAGAGAAAGCGACAAGGGAGUGCUAGUGUAAAGAAAGACAACAAGGAAGUGACGUCUAGAGGACGGUGUUGGUGUUUCUCAGAGUCCAGUCCUUUCGGAUUAAACUGGACCUGGAGGAGGAUGAAGAGAAGGACGAUAACAACCAUUACCUGUUGCCUAGAUGUAAUAAUUAGAAUGAUAAUUGUAUUGACCACAAGGGGGCAUCACGAGAAAUGCAGAACUGUGUGGAGCUCUGACUCCAGCAAAAACUAUUUUUUUUACCUCCAUCAACGAAGUUUGAUGGAGAGCCUGUUUUCACCGAAUCACUGAAGAUGUCACUAGAAGCAACAAAAAAUAUAUUUUUUUGGUGAUCAGGAAAUGUUGUUAUUUGAUUUAUAACAGAAACAGAGCCACAUCAUGCCUUCCUCUGUGGAUCAGUUUGAUAUUUAGAUAGAAAUAAGCUACAUGGCCGGCGUAAGUUAGCCUCUUUUUAGCUGGGUGCUUGCUGAACUUCUGCUGCAUUCAAAUGUACUGCAACACGUUGGGCUGGUGACAUGUUCGCUGAAGGAAUUUGAGGCUUCUGCCACGGCUGAUACUGUACUGUAUCCACAGAGCUACUUGUCGUCAAGCCUGUCAGAUCUACCCGGUAUCUCAUAUUAUGAUAUGUGUUUUUAAAAGAGGUAGAAGCUUGGAUGUACUCAGAGGCUGCCUGCAUUAAUUACUCUGGAAAUCUAGGUGUCUAAACAUGUGCCUGAUGUCUUUACCAAAGUUUCUGGUGCUGAUUCUGUGCCCCAUCACACUGUCAAUGCUGAACAAGCAACUCGCAGUACCCACUAGUGCCUUUUUUUCCUGUCAUACUACACAUGACAGUGUUACUGCCUUGCUUUAAUCUCAGAGCAGUGCAGGAGCUGGGUUCACUACCACCCUCUUUAAAUUAUGGAAAGCAGGAGUGUACGUCCUUUUUACUGUGCAAUUGAUACCGAAUAUUAAGAGUGUACGCUGUACUGUAUUUAAGGUAUAAAAAGUCCAGCGUUUGUCGACCAAUCAAACCACUGUGUGUUUUAUGCUAAUUCGAUUGUUGAGCUUUCCCUUCUCUUGAAGUUUGGAAGGAGACACUCCUGCCAUUAUUCUGUGUAUUCAGCCAGGUGCUUUUGAUUUAAUUGUCCUCUCCAUAGUUACCUUUUUGCCUUCAGUCUUUCUUUUUGGGGGGGGGGGUCAUACUGAAUACAUCGGAAAUCUCCAUAAUUGUCUAUGAAGUCAUAAAAUCAGAGGGUAUUUUGCUAGCUUGAGGUCACGAGGUUUAUUAGCCAACAUAACGAUUUAACAAAUGAAAUUGUGUGCUUGUCAGCAGGUAGAAAACGCCGAUAUUGAGAAUCAAUAGCCUGUUAUUUAUUACAAAGGCGUAUGUGUUUUGUGAGAUGCGAUACUUUGGCGUGUUAAGCAACAGGAUGUUUGGUCUGAUGUCAAGGUGGGACUUUUCUCCUGGCAUGUGAGGGCUAACAAGAAAUGCACAUGUGGGAGGCUCCAAGUUCUGAGUGGUUGAUGAAUGUAGCAUCUAAAGGCCUCAGAGGAAAGUGAGAGCGGUAGCACAGGGUUGUAUGGUACAAAGGUGUGUUCAAUCAACUGUCAAAUCACAAUAACUGUUGUCUGAUGUUGAAAAGGUUUGCACAUAACAUUCAUUGUACUGUGCAAAAAUAUAAAAGAUGUGCUUUGUAUUUUUUCACAAAUUUUAAUUGCAAUUUUUUUUUUUUUUUAUGUCACUGCAUUUAAAGCUUAGGUCCUAUAGUGUGGGCAGAAUCAAAAGCCUACACUUUUAUUUUGUAAUUUAUUCAGUUCUACUGAAGGUUUGACACAUCUUGAGGGUGUUGCAGCAGUGACCUUUGACCCAGGGGUCUUUUGUAAAUACACAGAUUUGUAAUAUAAAGCCUGUUUCCAAAUGAGCUGUAAUAUUCCUAAAUUAUGUGUUGUCUUGAUGUCCCGUCAGAUGAAAACUAGAGGUAGGAUGAUACAAACAUUAUACACGCACAACAAUAAAACCACUAAAACCAGUGACUGUAUGUUUUAUUUACAAACAACACAAGUCAGACUUUUGCCUAAUGGGGUCCUGUCCUGGAAUUAAAAGGCGAGUAUCGGCAAUCGGUAAAGAUCAGCGUUUAUCUGUAACUCACACUGGUAGAAUAUAAUUGAUCAAGACUUCGGCCCAAACUCCAUAUAGUGUAGACCACCACUCUGGAUAAGAGUAAGGGCUGCUCAAUAGUAUUCCAACAUCAUCAACUAACUGGAUCUUUUCCGUCACUUGUCCUUGUCUUGUUUCCCUCGUUUUAAAGAUGCG